GCGCCUGACCGAGUCAGGCUUCCGAGCGGGACUGGAGCCGGGGCGCCCUGCAGUCUGGGGAAGGCAGGAGCAGAAGGGAAGGGAUGCGCUCCAGGCUCUCGGGCCUCGCGGGACAGGCCUCCUUCCAGCCUCCUGGUAGGCAAGUUUUCCUCAAUUGCGCGCUGCCCCGGGGACUCCCCAGGCCGAGGCGACAGCCGAAAGCAGACCGCCCGGUGACCCUCCGGUGGGCGGGCUCGUCAGGCCAACUUCAUGGGCAGGAAGACGGUGUCCACGCUGGGGUCUCAGACAGCUGAGCGCGCGCUCUCGACCCCAGACGCGGGGCAGACGCGAGCCCCGCCGAGGCGCGGGCGGGGCGGGGGGUAAGAGGGAACCUGCGACCUACGGAAAGUCGUCUCCCACUUUCUACCCGAGCACUCGGGAACUCGCUUCCAGGUGUUCCGGCGUCCGCGCCUCUCCGCCCCCGGCCCUCCCCCGUGGCGGGCAUGUUCAACCCCAAGGCGGCGUCGCCUGGGAGCCGGCCCCAGGCCCGCAUCCUCCUCCCACUCCUCCCGGGCAGCGGCAGCUAAAAGCCCGCACGGCUGCAAAGUGGAACUGCGCUCUCUUCCCGAGCCCAGGCCGACUCGCCGCGGGGCGGGAGAGCCGGAGCUGCAGCGGUGCGCUCCGUCAAAGGCAGGAGGAGUUAAGUGUCCGGAGGACUCUUGAGUCCGGGUUCGCGGCCCAGACAAGUCCUAGGAUAGGACAGCGUCAUGGAGCCCUCCGGGGCGCAGCUGCUAAGUUUGGAGGCGCCGGAAUCAGCGCCCUUCGCAGAGUCCCCGCCGGCCGAGGAACUGCCCGCUACGGAGGUCCUCUGCUUGGAGGGUGGCGAGGGAGGCGGUGGCACAACGGAGGCCCGGCGCUCUGACGCUCAGCUAGGGGACAGGCCCCUCUCCCGGAAGGAAGAGACUGCCCCCCAGGAGCAGGAUCUGCUGCUGGAGUGCCGCCGCUGUGGCCGCCGCGCGCGCUCCUUUUCCCUGCCGGCCGACCCCAUCCUGCAGGCGGCCAAGUUUCUGCAGCAGCAGGCCCUGGGGUUAGGCGGCGAGCACGCAGAGGGGGCCGAGGACGCGCCGCACAGCCCCGGAGGCUGCUGCGCCAAAUGCAAAAAGCGGGUGCAGUUCGCGGACACGCUGGGGCUGAGCCUGGCCAGCGUGAAGCACUUCAGCGAGGCCGAAGAACCGCAGGUGCCGCCCGCCGUGCUCUCGCGCCUCCGCAGCUUCCCCAUGCGGGCCGAGGACUUGGAGCAGCUGGGGGGCCUGCUGGCCCCGGCGACUGCGGCCGCGCCCCUCUCGGCGCCGCCUCCCGGGCUCCGGCCGCUCUUCCAGCUCCCGGGGCCGAGCGCCGCGGCCGAGCGCCUGCGGCGGCAGCGCGUGUGCCUGGAGCGCGUGCAGUGCUCGGUGCCCUGGGGCGCGGAGGUGAAGGGCUCUGGCCGGGUGCUCGGCUGCCCCGGGCCCAGGGCCGUGACCGUGCGCUACACCUUUACCGAGUGGCGCUCCUUCCUGGACGUGCCAGCCGAGCUGCAGUCCGAGCCGCUGGAGCCUCAGCAGCCACCGGCGCCGUCGGGGGUCUCCGGACCAGAGUCCGAGGAUGCUGAGAAAGAGCCGGGCGCCGAGCGCUUCCACUUCUCCCUGUGCCUGCCCCCGGGCCUGCCGCCUGAGGACGGGGAGGAAGCGGACGCGCGCGGCGUCGCCGUCCACUUCGCCAUCUGCUACCGCUGCGCGCAGGGCGAGUACUGGGACAACAACGCGGGGGCCAACUACACGCUGCGGUAUACGCGCCCGGCUGAUGCGCCCUGAGCCCCGAGCGCUCUGGCGGUGGGGCAGCCCCUCCCCAGGGACUUGCUUCGCUGAGUAUCGCGGAUCUGGCGUGAGGGGAGCGAGGAGGGAACGGAGGGAGCCGCCAAACCGUAAACUCGCCGCGCAGGCCGACCCCUGAGCGAGCUUAGUGAGCCCAAGCAAAGGUCCAAACGUCUCUUACCACUGUACCUUCCCAGAUGGCCUCCAGGAUGCCCAGCGUGCGUCAGGAUGGGAAGAAAUCCCCUUGGCCCAGCAGUAACUUCAGCCAAGAAAACGACUCCGGACUCUUGAGCGUGGUUCUAAGACCCUGGGAUAUGUUUUUAACUCUACAUGUCGUAUUUUAGCCCUUGCAGCUUGCUGGAGACCCCUGGGGAAAGGACAAGCGUCCUGACACCGUGCGCCAAGGGAAGACGCCCCACUGUGGGCGCCCGCGUGGCACCUCUGCGCCCCGGCCUAUUUCUCAGAGAAAACCGCGUGGGGGCUGGGCCAGGUCCUUUUCUUUUUGCUGGAAUCUGGGAAAUGUUCGCCCAGACUUAAUGUUAUUUACUUGUGCGGUUGUGUACAAAUGUCCUUUAAAAAACUAAAGGCCACUUGCACACUCUUUUACAUUGUACUUUGUAUUCCAGCUCCCGUGCGUUUCGGGGAGGCCUAGGUAGUCGGGUGGUCUGUGGCACCUGAUGACGCUGUGAACUUUAACAGUCGUUAAACAGCAGUAUUUGCAAAGUUCUCUUCUUCACUUCCUCCUCUCUGCUGUGGAAGGGUCCGCUAAAAUGGUCUCUAAAAAGCGUUCUGUCUCCGGCCAAAAUAAGAUGUUUGGUGAAUUGAAAUGCCAGAAUGAUCUGGUAGGCCCUGACUGUGAGCUGCACAGGGCCCAGCCCCCUUUGUGUAGACGGAUCACACAGCAGCUGUAGACUCAUGCUGGGCCACUGGCGGCCAGAGAAGCUGGGCUCCUAGUCGCUGGACUCCCAGAGCAGGGGUGGGGGGAUGGAACGGUGGCUUUCUGUUCCGCUCUGCCACAGCCGGCAGUGGUGACUUGAUGGAUGCUGAAAUGUGCCCAGCAAGUCAAUGCUGCUCAGACCCAGAUGGGCACCCUGCCCUGGCAGGACUGUGGCGCAGGGUCUGGAUCGCCUUCUUUGCUCGCUGCCGCUGGCUGUGGACACCAAGAGGGUGUGGCUGUGCAUGAGCCGGCAGGUAGCCAUCCCGGGUGGCCGCGUUAUUCCUUCACCCUUUGGUCACACCUUAGUAAUUCACCUUUCUAAAUAAAGUCUUCCUAUUUCCCAGCUCAUGGCUAAUCAGUUACUUUUGGGAUAGUAGUCUCUGAGGAGGGACAGUUUCACUGUUUCCCUGUAGAACAGUGAUGGGCCUACGAUAGCCCAUGGGCCAAAUUUGGCCCACAGCCUGUUCCUGUAGGGCCUGUGACCUAAGAAUGGCUUUUACAUUUUUAAAUAGUUGAAAAAAUUUGAA